ACAAGACAGCAACUUACGAAGCAAAGGUUCGGAAUUUUCAGUCAACAGUGGGUGGGUGGGUCCCACUCAGCUUCCACUUAAAAUACUCACACCUCAUUCCCUCUUAACGCGUCUUUCUCUUCUCUCCUUCUUUGGCACUAUGGCUAGGAGCUGGCUUAUUGACAUUGGAGGAUUUGCAAGGAAAGUGAAAAAUACUAAUCUGUCAACAGAUGAUCAAAUAAAGGACUGUGGAACAUAUCUUGAAUGCCAGAAAUGUCAUUAUCAUAUUGAUAACAAUGAUGUUUCUCAUGAGUGGCCUGGCUUUCCUGUGGGUGUGAAGUUUGAUCCUUCUGAUGUUGAGCUUUUAGAGCAUUUAGCAGCAAAGUGUUGUAUUGGAGACAGAGAGCCACACAUGUUUAUUCACGAGUUCAUCCCAACUCUAGAAGGAGAGCUAGGUAUUUGCUACACUCAUCCACAAAAUCUUCCAGGUGCUAAGACGGAUGGGAGUAGUGUCCAUUUCUUUCACAAAACAGUUAAUGCAUAUGCUACUGGACCAAGGAAGCGUCGAAAGAUUCAUCAUCAAGAUGGUAUGACUGAGGAGCAUGUACGCUGGCACAAGACUGGUAGGACCAAAGCUGUGAUAGAAGAUGGAGUGCAUAAGGGUUUUAAGAAGAUCAUGGUUCUCUAUAUAAGAUCUAAGAAAGGCUCCAAGCCAUAUAAAACCAAUUGGGUGAUGCAUCAGUACCAUCUAGGGAGUGAAGAAGAUGAGAAGGAUGAUGAAUAUGUGGUUUCAAAAAUAUUUUAUCAACGGCAGAAGCACAGUGAGAAGAAUGAGGAGAAUACAGUGGUUGAGGAUUCUAACAUAGCAGCACAAGCAGGUCCAAGAACCCCAAAACCAAAUCCCCCUACUCGACCUUGUACAGGAAAAUGUGAUGACAAUUUUGAUGAAAAUGAACUUCUGUCAUUCAUCCAGGAUGCCAAGCCUAUACCUGGAGAAUCACAUGCACCACCAUACGAUGUUCAAGAUGAGGACAAUAAGGACGACCCUGCAUGGUUGGCUGGUGAAUCACAAGCUGACUUUGAUGGCUUGGAAGACAUAUUAUUAUGUAAGGAUAUGUUAGAUUCAUCUUCUCUCUUAAACCAUUCUGGAUUGAGCUCCACUUAUAAUGCCAAUGCAAACAAGUUGGUUACACCUGGAACCGAUAAUGAUUAUGCAUCUUAUGGAGUUUCUGUCCUGGACACCCUUGAAUUUGAUACUCCUCCUGAUUUUGAUCUUUCUAAUUUGCAAUUUGGUUCUCAAGACAGCACCCUUCAGUGGAUUGACACACCAUAAGGUGCUGCUUUGAAGCAACUUCUAGUUGGUACUGAUGCUUAAUCCUUAAGUGUUCUAAGAGACAGCUUAACUAGUUGCAAUAAUUUUUAUUAUUCCUACAUGCAAGUUGUAAUCAUGUGGUGCUUACAAGCAGAAACUUUAUGGCUGUCAGGUUUCAGGACUGUUGUAACUUGUAUAUGUAUUGUUGUCAUAAACUAUGCUGAAUGUGGAACCUGUGCACUCUUUUA